UUAUGACUACAACUUCGUAAUGUUGCCGAACAGCAAUAAAUUUGGCAGUCAUAGAUCUCAAAGUCAAUCUCCUGCUGCUGCAUCAUCAGCUAUCGUCAUUGGACCGACAAGGUAUGCCAACUCCCGAAUAGCUGCUGGACGACCAGUUUCAUCUCGGCUAGUUCCCUCGUCCACUCAAGAGGCCAAUGUCAGUUACGUCACAGUGCACUCUCUGAAUGACAUGUACGCGUCUGCAUCAAAUAAGAUUCGCGAUGGCAAGGUGUUCCAAAAUCCACCGCAUACGAUUCCUGCACAUUCGCCCAGCCCUCAAUCGACAACACAAGCGAAUUUCAAUCGAGGUUACACAUUUGUUGACAAUCCUGGAAGCGGACCCAAUAUGCCACUGAGUUCUCAGAACGGAGUCAACCCGAGAAAUGCGAAGUCAGGAGUUGCGAAUAAAAACCGAGGCACACUUGAAAGAGUGAAUUACAUCCAGCAGCAACAUAAUUUUAUUGAACAGAGCAGCGCGCAAUCCAAGGACCCGACAACCAACUCAGGACCUCGAGUUGUUCAGAAACCAGUUCCAAAUGCAGUCAUUGGCGCCCCUGGCACAAAUGCCGGGUCGCUCCGGGGGCUUUCCUUCGGUGAUCGGAAGAAUAGCCAGCAGAGUGUUUUAAUAGGUGGCGGACUGACAUCGGUGCUACCUGCGAGUAACGAGCAGAAUUUGAUGUCCAGUAAUGGGAAUAAUGUUUCGGGGGCGUAUGGAGGGACUGGAGCGAGGGGGGAGAGAGUGUCUCAGACUCAGGAGGAGGGGGAGACUGGCCAAUCUUCAGGCUACCAUGCUGCUACUCAAAUUAGUUUAGUCAAAGAGAAGAAUUCGCUCCGAGGCAAGAGUGAACAGCGCAUAAUAAGCUACGGUGACCGAGUGAUGAUCACUGACUCACCAGAUGAGCCAGGAGUGCCCUUCGUGUACAGAACUCCAGAAGAGAGGGCUUAUAAUCUGCAGAGACUCAAUCUAGACAAGCGUAAGCUGGAAAAAGUGCCAGUACUACAGGGGGAGGAGGAGUUGCGUUUGUUGAACUUCCAGCACAACCUCAUUGUGAAGAUGGAGCGACUGGACAGUUUCCGCAAACUGGUCUUCAUUGACUUGUACAACAACCGAAUAGAAGAGAUCGAGGGUCUGGAGGAACUGAGAGGACUGCGGGUGCUGAUGCUGGGAAAGAACAGAAUCCGAUCGAUCUCCAACCUGGACUCGCUUCACAAACUGGACGUGUUGGAUUUGCAUGGAAACUUCAUAGUGGACAUCGACAACCUCAAUCACCUGAGUGAGUUGCGAGUGUUGAAUCUGGCCGGCAACCAGAUUGAGAUAGUGGACAAUCUGGAAGGUCUGGACUCGCUGGCUGAAUUGAAUCUAAGGCGCAAUGUCAUCACCUAUGUCAAUGACAUUGAGAAGUUGCCUGUGUUACAGAGGUUGUUUCUCAGCUUCAAUAAAAUUGAGAGUCUGAAUGACAUGAGGUCCCUGUCGGGCAGCCAGAGUCUUCUGGAAGUGACACUAGACGGGAAUCCAGUGUCAGACAACCCCAACGGCCCUUCAACAUCCGCAGACUCAAUCAACUCUACCAAUCAGGGUGCUCAGAGGUCUGGCGGAGGUCCGGGAGGAAUUAAUAUCCAAGGAGGGGGGUCAUGUUUGACGUAUAGACAGAAGCUGAUAUGUCAGAUUUCGAACUUGAGACAGCUGGAUAUGAAACGCAUAUCGGACGAGGAGCGCAGAGGUGCGUUGAUGGCGUCUCGCAAAGAAGAGGAAAAGUUGAAGGAACUCGCCCGCUCACAGGCCAUGAAGGAGAAAAAACGAGCGGCGAUCGCGAAUGCGGCUAAACAAUGGGACGAGCUCAUGCGACAACACCAGGAGUUGUCGACCACGUCAAGUGCAAACAAACCGUCGUCCGCGUCCAGGGGCAUCAACAGCAAUCGGGGAUCGACACGAGGCAAUGGUGGUGGGAGUAAUAAACUACCUGCACUGGAUGUGAAUUCAAAUUCGACUGGCGGUUCAAUUGGAACCCUCCCAGGUGGCGGUGGCACCAACACCUCGAGAGCAGAGUCUGCCAGAUCCCGAUCGGGGGGUGUCUCUUCCAAUAUAGACAGCAGUGGUGGUGGGGGAGGGGGAGGGGGGAUGAGUGAUCGUCUGCUCAGUGGGGAUUCUUCGACAACAGGGUACGCAAGUGGAGAGCAGCAUAGGGCAUUCAGUAACAGACAUUCAGUGAACGCAGUAUCUCUCUCUGCAAACCUUCCCUCUGCCUCGGGCGAAUGCGACAUCAGCAACUGCCAUCUCGCAGACUUAGACGGCGAAGUCCUUAACCUGUAUGGAUCCGGUGCCAUCCCGGCCCUCGACAAAAACUGGGGCGUCCAGGCGGCUAGUCACGUGACAAAUAUAUCUUUCAAGUUUAUAGACUUCGAUCAUAUAUCGCCACACUUUGCGAAAAUAAGAGCGCGCUUUCCAAAUGCGAAUACUUUGAUUUUCGACGAGACGAAUAUAAGAUUUAUGCAUCAACUGAAUGCGUUGGCUCAAUUGAGGAAACUCGAACACCUGGUGAUCAAAAGCAGUGGAAAUCCGAUGGUGAACAACAUGCAGUUGUGGAAGUACUAUGCAUUGCACAGAUUGAGUCAGUUCAACAUUCGCAGGAUCAAUGAUUCUCCAGUCACUCAGGAGCAGCUAGUGGAGGCGGAGAAGUUGUUUGGAGAUGUGCUGACAGUUCUCAAUUCGACUCUGUCAGUCUCCCCCCUCUGUCACCAGCAGUCGCACACCACGGGAGGAGGUCACGGGGGCAGUCAUUCGGCAGCCUCCUCGGCAACCUCUUCCGCUACUCCCAGAGUCACAUCGGCAGAUAUCAGCAGGAGCAGCAAGCGAAAUAACAGCAGCAAUAAUCCACUCACAUCAUCUGACUGUGACUUGAAGCGGAUGGGGGCG